UCAGACCGGACGGUGAGCCUCAGAGUGGAGAAUCAGCGCAGGAGUUUCUCUCUUACAUUUUCAGUUUAUCACUUUUUUCUCUCUGUAUCUUUGAGCGAAAGGUUCCGUUGGGAACACUGGGGUCUCUGGGUCUGGGAUAUACUAACAUCUUCGUGUACCGAGUGGAUUUCAGCCGUUAGAGGAGCUCAGAGGAGGUUUGGAGCAUGAACCCUCCGUGUGCCCGCUGUGGGAAGAUCGUCUACCCGACGGAGAAAGUCAGCUGCUUGGACAAGAACUGGCAUAAAGGAUGUUUCCACUGCGAGGUUUGCAAGAUGACCCUGAACAUGAAGAACUACAAAGGCUACGACAAGAAACCCUACUGCAACGCACAUUACCCCAAGACGUCGUUCACCAUCGUGGCCGACACACCAGAGAACCUGAGACUGAGACAGCAGAGUGAGCUACAGAGCCAGGUGAAGUACAAGAAGGAUUUUGAGGAGAGUAAAGGUCGAGGGUUCAGCAUUGUGUCCGACACUCCAGAGAUGCAAAGACUCAGAAAAACCCAGGAGCAGAUCAGUAUCGUACGUAUAAAAAACAAAAAACAGAAAUACACUCUUUUACAUUCAUCUUAUUGUGUCUGCACAUGAGAGAGUGUU